UCUGGCCCCGCAAGUUGUAGCAGGUGACGAGAUACACUCCGGGCUGCCUCCCGUGUAACGUCCGCUGGACACAAGGACUGCUGCCAUCGCUGGGAUGGCAGGACCAGUGACGGGGAAGUUCUUCUUACAGAAGGAAAUGUCAGGGAACACAAAAGAUGUGUUUGAAGAUAUAUUGGAAGAGCGACGAGUGUCAAGCGAUCUGCGAUGUGCUAUGAAGAGUUUUACACCAGUUAUCUAUCAGAAUCUUACUCCAUGCCACCCAAGUGCUCUUAAGACCAUUGUCAUGGAGUCUGACGAUCUACAGCAAGCCAUUAAAAAGAUUAGUGUGGAAUCUGGUGAACCAUUUAGUGUCAUUCAAAAACAAGCAUCUCGGAUCCUUGAUGAAAUGGGCCAUAACUUGAAACUGGGAGCUAUCAGACUCUUUGCCCUCAGCUUGAGUAAAAUCUUCAAAAGGCUUUACUCAAAAGUGUUUGUCAACCUGGAAGGUGUUCAGAGGUUGGGAAAAGCUAUUCAAGAGCAUCCCGUUGUGCUAAUGCCAAGUCAUCGGAGUUAUGUUGACUUCUUGUUAAUAUCGUACAUUAUGUUCAUUUAUGACUUGGCCAUUCCAGUCAUUGCAGCAGGGGAAGACCUCAAUCGUAUGAAAUUUGUUGGACCAUUUCUUCGCAUGUCUGGAGCCUUCUACAUAAGACGCACAUUUCACGGGGAUAAACUUUACUGGGCUGUGUUUUCAGAGUAUGUGACGACUAUGCUGCGGAAUGGAUAUGCACCAAUUGAGUUUUUCAUUGAAGGUCAAAGGAGCAGAACAGGCAAGACAAUACACCCAAAGCUUGGCCUACUGAAUGUUGUAGCUGAACCGUUCUUCAGAGGAGAAGUGUAUGAUGUUUAUCUGGUUCCUAUCAGCAUCAGCUAUGAGAAAAUUUUAGAAGAAACAUUCCAUGUGCAAGAACUUCUUGGAGCGCAAAAAUCCAAAGAAUCUACUUCAGGCUUAAUUAAAGCCAGGGAACUACUCAAAGACAAUUUUGGAAAUAUUCACAUUUACAUUGGACAUCCAGUAUCACUGCGAUCAAUGGCCAGUGGAAUAAUAAAUCGUUCUCAAUAUAAUCUAACACCCAGACAUAGUUUUCAGCGACCACCAGAGGGUGUUCUGAAGUUUAUUUCUGAUUUAGCAUACAAAUUAGAACUGCAACAAAUAGCCAACAUGGUACUAAGCCCUGGGGACUUAAUAGCAACAAUAUUGCUCCAAAGUCUGGUUUUAAACUACAAUCUGUUAGUUGAGAAGAUAUAUUGGCUCAGAAACUUAACUGAAGAGUUUGGAGGAUGUCUAGAUUGGCCAGAUAAUAAAUCCAUUGAUGAAGUUGUUCAAUCCAGUGUUUCUCUACAUUCAAAUAUUAUGGCUAUUGUGGACAGUCACAUUAUUUUGCUUGAGCACAAUGUUAAAGAAGAUAUGACUGAAGAGCUGGUGACCAAACAAGCUUUUACUUUUCUGAUUGGUGCCUCUUACAGGAAUAAAAUGAUUAAUAUUUUCAUACGCCCUGCACUUGUUGUUUUGGCAUGUAGAACAUCACAUAGUUUUCAGAAAGAUGACAUACAUAGAUCAUUUUGCUUCAUGAGGAAUCUUUAUUCAAAAGAAUGUAUCCUUUUGGAUGGCUAUGAAGAACAGGAUUUUGAAGAGGGUUGUCUUCUGCUGGCUAAGUUCAAUGCUAUCAGCAGGACACCUUAUGAAAUGUUUAUAACCGAGAAUAAUAGCGUGGCUCAGUUUUUGUAUGGAAUGUUAUUCUCAAUACUUGAAGGAUACCAGCUGGCUUGCACAUAUGUAAAACAAAAUAUAGCUGAGAGAUUCACAGAAAAGCAAUAUAUUGUGGGAGCCAGGAGCUAUGUUUUGGAGCAAAUUCUAAAAGGAGCCACCAAAUGCUAUGAUGCCUUAUCUUCUGAUUUGCUAAGAAAUACACUGGCAUCUUUUGUACAGCUGGGGAUAGUAAAAGCCAAUAAAUUGUCCAGUGGAACUUUUUUUUCACCAGAUGCUAAAUCAGUAAUACAAGCAAUAGCAACACUUGAAGCGUCGUCGAGAAAGUUUCCAGCAUCAAGACUUUAAGGAAUCUGGCUAACUCUUAAACAGCCAGUUAUCAGUGAGAUAUUGUACUGGCUGUGUGAUGA